UCAGAUGCGACACGGUCUACAACGUUGUACCGGCUUUCUCUGGUUUGCGGGUUGUCUGACGUUUUCCUUGACCCAGACGCUUUUGCGCACAGUACGCGUUGCUUGAAACUUCUCCCUGCCUUUUCCACAGCUGCGCUCACAGCUGACUUCUCUGCUGCUGUCAGGGACAAAUCAGGAGUGGAGACAUGAAUGGGAUGUGGAAGGGACUCACAGGGAUGUCCACAUGUUGGUGUCUGCUGGUGCUAAUUCACUUCUGGACCCAAGCAGAUGCAGCCGUCACAUGCAGCCCCACACAGUUAGUAUGUGGAAACGGGAGGUGUGUCACCCGCAGGUGGAUUUGUGAUGGGACUGAUGAUUGCGGCGAUGGAACUGAUGAACUACCUGAAACCUGUGCUGCCAAAACCUGCUUGCAGUCGCAGUUUAACUGUGGCGCUCCCAUGAACGAGUGCAUAUCAGGGAGCUGGCACUGUGACGGCAAAGUGGACUGCACCAACGGGGCCGAUGAGAAAAACUGCACUGCAAAGCAGUGCAAAAAUGGCGAAUUUCGUUGCAGCAAUGGCCAGUGUGUAUCCCUCUCCUUUGUUUGUGACAAUGACAACGACUGCUCCGAUGGCUCAGACGAGGCGUCCUGUCCCAAACCGACCUGCAACUCUCGGUCUUUCCAGUGCAACAACACGGUGUGUGUGCCGGCUCUGUGGAAAUGUGACGGAGACAAGGACUGUCUGGACGGGUCUGACGAGUGGCCAGAAAAUUGCGGGGGGAAGCAGCCGAGUAGGAAGCAGCCACGAUGUAGCAUCCACGAGUUUGAGUGUGCAAGCGGACAGUGCAUCCACAGCAGCUGGCGGUGUGAUGGAGGCGUUGACUGCCACGAUAGAUCGGAUGAGCUCAACUGCAGUCACCCUACUUGUCGCAGUGAUGAGUUCCAGUGCUUAGAUGGCACCUGUAUCCAUGGCAGCCUGCAGUGUGACUCCGUGCGCAACUGCAGAGAUGGCAGUGAUGAGAAUGGCUGCAGCACAGAUAAUACAUGCGAAGGCCCAACCAAAUUCAAGUGUCGCAAUGGGGAGUGCAUCAGCAUGGACAGAGUGUGCAACAAGGAGCGAGACUGCAGCGACUGGUCUGAUGAGCCCAUUACCAAAUGUGGCAUUAAUGAGUGUUUAACUGGAAACGGUGGCUGUUCCCAUGUCUGCAAUGACCUGACGAUUGGACACAACUGCUCCUGCCAUCUCGGAUACAGGCUGAAGCAUGACGAGAAAACAUGUGAAGACAUUGAUGAAUGUGCUGUGCCAGACACUUGCAGUCAGAUCUGCAUCAAUCUACCCGGCAGCCACAAGUGCGAUUGUAUAACGGGCUAUGCAAUUGAUCCUAUGAGCAACACAUGCAAGGCUGAAUUAGGCACAGUACCCACCUUGUUCUUCACCAACAGACAUGAGGUGAGGAUGAUCACAGUAGACCAUAGAGAGUAUGUUCAGCUCAUCCCACAGCUGAAAAACGCAGUGGCUCUGGACAUGGACAUGUCGAACGAGAUGAUCUUCUGGUCUGACUUGUCUCUAAAGAAAAUCUUCAGUUCCAAGAUAGACUUAGCUGGUGACUCCACCCACCACAGCGUGAUAAUCGACAGUGGGAUUGAAGCCCCAGAAGGCUUGGCGGUGGAUUGGAUUCAUGGCAACAUCUACUGGACUGAUAGUGUUUUGAGAACUAUCUCCGUAGCAACAACAGACGGCAGUAAGAGGAAGACACUCAUCACAGAGGGACUCGAGAAACCAAGAGCCAUCACAGUAGACCCAAUUAAUAACUUCAUGUACUGGACAGACUGGGGAGAAGAGGCUAAGAUUGAGAGGUGUGGGCUGAAUGGAGCCGAUCGUGUUGCCUUGGUAACGGACAACAUUGUGUGGCCUAAUGGCAUCACCCUUGAUAUGGUCAACCAGCGUCUGUACUGGGUGGACUCUAAGCUGCAAACAAUCUCCAGUAUUGAUGUGAAGGGUGGGAGCCGACACAACGUCAUUUUUAUGGAGGAAAAGCUUUCCCACCCUGUCUCACUGACUGUCUUUGAGGAGAAAGUGUUUUGGACAGACACGAAUGCCCGUGCAGUUUUUAGCGCCAACCGCCUGACAGGACAAGACGUCACUCAGUUGGCAGCAGAUCUGGAACAGCCAGAGGAUAUUGUGCUUCACCACAAUCUCAAGCAGCCAAACGCUUCAAACUGGUGCAGAGAGAGCAACAGUAUGAAUGGAGGUUGUGAGUUUCUGUGCCUCCCUGCUCCUAUGAUCAACGAACGUUCUCCUAAAUACACCUGCGCCUGUCCUGACAACACGACCACGGGGCCUGAUAUGAGGAAGUGUGUGGCAGGAUCAGCAGCCCUUCCUCCCAAAACAAGAACUGACUCAAAACUCCCGUCACAAAAGUCCACCAGCCAGCCUGCCUCUACUACCACAACUACAACUUCUACAAGUACAACCACCACCAUCGUAACCAAAAAGCACACAACUACCUCCUCUACCCAGGCCACAGAGAGUGCACAGGAGCCUAUCGCCACUGCUCAAGGUAGAAAACAGGCAGGGCCGCCCUUGGAAGCCCCUUCGUCUCCCCCGAUUGCUCUCUACGUCGUGUUGCCAAUCAUGAUCACUGCCCUGCUGGUCUUUGGAGGAGUGUUGCUGUGGAGAAAAUGGCGCGUCAAGAACACCAACACCAUCCACUUUGAUAAUCCUGUGUACCAGAAAACCACAGAGGAUGAGGUGCACAUCUGCAGGAACGGCUCCGAUGGCUACGUUUAUCCUGAGAGGCAAAUGGUGAGCAUGGAUGACAUGGACAUGGCAUAACCUGAAGAAGAGCACUAACCACCUGCUGCUGAACAAUCCCCUUCCCUUCUUCCAGUGACCUGUUUUUUGUGGUUUAUGAUUCCAACCUCAACACUGUGCCGUCCAAGCCUGCAAAGAGGCUGUCUCUAUAACUUCAGCAACAAAACAUGAAGUAUAACCGCAGCUAGCUAUUUAACCAGAUCACAUAGUUAUUUCAGGAUGAAGGAAUAUUGCAUGGCUUUAGAGGAUGAUGCUCUUGAUCCCAGAGCCUUGACUCCUUUGAUGCCAUCUAAAAAUCGUUUCUUUGAAUGUCUUUGCUAAGAUACACAUGUGAUCAACACUUCAAAGCAGUUGUGUUGAUUUGGCUGAAAUGUGUUUGCACGGCAAACUUUACCUAAAAAUCCUGCGCUGUACUGUCUUAACUCAUAUGUGCCUUCACUCCAGUUUGGUGAAGUUUACUGGAGGCCUUUACAGUAAAUGCCUUAUUGAUCUCUGCACCUUCCAUAAUCCAGGCAGUGAUGGCCUUCUUGACUUCAUACUGUGGCUUUUCCAUAUUCGGAAAACAGGGUUGCACAUCUUAUGUUGUCAAAGGUUUCCUUUUGACCAAUCUUUAACUACGGCAUGAGUGUAGGGAGUGAAGAGUGGUUUACAUUGCAAAUGAAGAAGCUGCUGAAUUCUCUGACGUCAACCAAAAUGAAGAAAAUGUUUUUGUUUUUUUAAUGAAGGUAAUUUGGUGAUUGUAGCUGAUUAUCUGUAAAUAGUUUCUGUACAUAUUUUGUAAAAUCUCCUGUUUUGUUUUGUUUUUGUUUUUUUAACAUGUAAAUUUAAUCAAGAAAUGUGUAAAUAUGUGAUAGUUUCUUUUAUUUAUUUAUGGAAGGUUUUUGAUUGUCGUUGGCUGGAUGUGAGUAAACAGAGUAAUAACUAUAAAAAUAUAUUAGCACCAAGCCCUGAGGUGUUUUGUUUUACAUUGUGUAGCUGUUAUUUAAGUUACUUGUGAACACCUGUUCAGUGCUUUUCUUAAUAAAUUCUGUUUAUGUUCUUAAACAAUGUUGUUUGUUUCCAGUCAGAACUCUGAUAAUUUAUUUAGCUUACUUUGUUUUGUUACUGUGAUAUUUUAUGUCAGUAGUUGGAUGUAGAUGUGUGUGCUAUGGUUGAUGCAAAGCAGUCUGAUUGUUUAUGCACUCCACUUUGUUCAUUUUUGUUUAAGCACACCUGUUUUCCCUCUUAUUUUUAAAUAAAAAUUUUAAUGUUCA